CUGGGAGGACGGUGAUGAGCGGCAGGGAAGGUGGCGGUGUGUACGUGCUGGCCAGCAGCAGAGUGGCCAGCGACGAUGACGACGACGGCGGCAGCAGCAUGGUCGCUGCUGGGCGGGAAGUGCAUGGUGAUGGUGGUGGUGAUGGUGGUGGUGAUGGUGGUGAUGGUGGUGGUGACAUAAGCAGUGGCGAGAGUGGGGAAGGUGUGGCUGAUGGUUUUGUCAAACAGCACGGUGCAGCGCCCUCAACAGGCCGCAGCCUCAACAACACAUUUUCAAUCGAGGACCCCCUCACAGCCUCCUUGUCCCCAUCCCCGUCAUCCACCUUCUCCACAAGUCUCCUUCAAAGGAGAAAGACAAGCAAGGCCCAGAGGCUCGUGCUUGUUGCCGCGGUCCUCGCUGGCUUGGGCGGUUUCCUGUUUGGAUAUGAUGUUGGCGUGAUCAGCGGUGCCCUCUUGCAGCUUGAGGAAAAGUUUGACCUCACAGAUGUUCAGAAGGAGCUGGUUGUCAGCCUGAUGCUGCUGGGUGCCAUGAUUGCCUCCAUGGCUGGUGGCCACAUUGUGGACUACUUUGGGCGCCGAAACGCCAUCAUUGGCAACUCGGUAAUAUUUCUUGUUGGUGCGGUGUUCAUGACACUCGCGCCAAACCUUGCCGUCCUCUUGAUCGGCCGCAUCGUCGUGGGGUUUGCUGUUUCCCUCUCCGCCACGUCAGAGGUGAUCUACAUAUCCGAGAUUGCGCCUGCGGAGAAGCGCGGGAUGCUGGUGUCUGUCAACGAAAUGGGCAUCACCAUUGGCAUCUUCGUGUCAUAUCUCGUCAACUACGCCUUCAUCUCAACAUCAGACGGGUGGCGGUACAUGUUUGGGCUGUCGAUGGUGCCAGCUGUGAUUCAGGGCAUUGGGAUGCUGUUUCUGCCCAAGAGCCCACGCUGGCUGCUGCUGCGGAAACAGCCGCUGGCCGCACGCGCGUCACUCGCUCUUCUGAGGAAUCCAAACACUAGCAACAUCGAGGCCGAGAUGCACGCCAUUGAAAGCAGCCUCAAGGCCCAGGACUCGCAGUCGCUGCUGUCGUUGCUCACGGACCGCCGCCUGCGUCGCUGUCUCCUCAUCGCGUGCGGACUUGCACUCCUGCAGCAGUUCACGGGGCAGCCCAACGUCCUGUACUACGGCAGCACCCUCUUCAAGGCCGCGGGCUUCGACACAGACCGGGAAGCAACGCUUGCCAACCUCGUCAUUGGUGGCGUGAAGGUCAUUGCAACCGCCAUCGCCCUGGUCAAGGUGGACAGCUUGGGGCGGCGUCCUCUCUUGCUUGCAGGCACGGCCCUGAUGAUUGUCAGCCUGGUGGUGCUUGCAUCCGUCACCACCGCAUUCCCUCCCGUCCGUGCCAACAACAGCACCAUGCCCAACACAACAACAACCACCACCACCACCACCACCAUUGCACCAACCACGGUGACGCAAUUGCCAACGACGACAACGACGACGAUGCCUGCAGGCAACACGUCCACGACUGCUGUGCGGGCACCGUCAUCAGCGCCGCAGCAUCGUGACCGACGAGCUGUGACGGCGUGGGCGUACACAACGCCCGCCCCGCCCACAAUGGAGCACGGUGCACAUGCCAGCAUAUCACCAGCGCCCGCGUCACUCUCAUCGUGGUGGCAGGCCGCUGUUGCUGACCCGUCGGAAGGCAGCAGCAACGCUUCGCCUGCACACGGCACCACACAUCUACGCGGGCGCCGCCGCGCGCACGUGUCAUCUUCGCACCACAAGCAGGACGAUUGGGUGUUUUCCUCCGCCGCCGUCAAAUGGACCUCGCUCGUCUCCAUGAUCUUCUUCGUCGUCGCUUACGCCUUCAGCUAUGGCCCCGUGUCGUGGCUGGUGAUGAGUGAGAUCUUUCCCGAUGACCUUCGCGGCCGCGCUGUUUCCAUCGCCACCAUCUUCAACUGGGGCGGCAACCUCAUCGUCUCCCUCUCCUUCCUCAGCUUGCUUGAUACUGUCGGGUUUGCUGGCACCUUCUUCAUGUAUGCUGUGAUUGGCGUCGUUGCCUUCGUCUUCGUCCUCGUUCUGGUGCCAGAGACGCGCGGGCGCAGCCUCGAAGACAUUGCGGAGAUCAUGAAGACGCAAUCAAACCACUGUCUAGAUCUUCCCUGCAUCCCCAAGCGCAAAGGAUACCGUCUGCAACAGGAUGCAUGAUGACGAUGAUGAUUAUGCAUGAUGAUGAUGGUUUCUCAUCUCAGCAAGACAGACAGGGAUGGGCACAGCCGCCUGCUUUUUCUUCCGACGCAGUUCCUUAUGUUAUGUUAUGUCAGGAUGUUCACUGCUGCCAUCAUUUCAUUCGCCUGCGCGCACACGCGUGGGUGCAGAGUCGUAGCUUGGUGUAGUUUCAUUUCAAAUUUGCGGCGCCAAACAAUGCAAGCGAAAACACGCCACACAGCUGCAAAAAGACAGACACAUAGACACACAGACACACA